AUGACCGAGGGCCUGGAGAUGACACAUGGUGCAACACCUCGACUGAGACAGCCUUCUCUGCAAGGGGACCACUCAGCUUUCAUUACCCUGGCAGUGGAGUCAGGCCAUCUGGAACUACCCCCUCCUUUUCUCAAGUUGUACAUUUACCUCUUCAUCUCCCUUUCCUCUCAUCUGGUACUACACCGUGUGUUUCCCCCCCGCACAGAUGACGAGCGGCCUGUGCUGCGGCCCAGCUGGAGCAGAGGGGCAGUUCCCAGGUUGAGCUCCCUCCUGCAGAGCAGGGGGAGAAGUGCGGCCUCCCCAGGUACUUCAAUAACAUCUGCCAAAAUCCUAGUGAAUGGAGUCCACCUGCAUUAUCAGCAGACAGGAGGAGGAAGCCAUGCAGUUCUUCUGCUUCCCGGAAUGCUAGGGAGUGGUCAAACUGAUUUUGGACCACAGCUGAAGUCUAUGAACAAGCAACUUUUCACAAUUGUUGCUUGGGAUCCUCGGGGAUAUGGACAGUCCAUUCCUCCAUCUCGAGACUUUCCUCCAGAUUUCUUUGAGAGGGAUGCAAAAGAUGCUGUGGAUCUUAUGCAGGCACUGAAGUUUAAGAAGUUCUCUUUGCUGGGGUGGAGUGAUGGUGGAAUCACAGCACUCAUUGCAGCUGCAAAGUAUCCAACCCUUAUCCACAAGCUGGUUGUCUGGGGAGCAAAUGCCAGUGUUACUCAAGAGGAUGUGAGAAUUUAUAAUGGCAUCCGAGAUGUUUCAAAAUGGAGUGAAAAGGUCAGGAAACCACUGGAAGAAAUGUAUGGGCAUAAGUACUUUGCAAAAACCUGUGAGGCUUGGGUAGAUGGAAUAUGUCGCUUUGCUGAAAGGCCAGAUGGUAAUAUCUGCCAGCAGUUACUGACUGAUAUUAAAUGUCCCACAUUUAUAAUUCAUGGUGAGAAAGAUCCUUUGGUUCCCCAAGCUCAUGCAGAAUACAUUCAUAAGCACAUCAAAGACUCUCGGUUGCUUCUGAUGCCAGAAGCAAAGCAUAAUCUACACCUGCGUUUUGCAGAGGAGUUCAACAGACAAGUGGAAGAUUUCCUACACUGACUUAAACUGUAAAACAAGUUAAAGAUGUUUGUCCUUGCCUUGUUUAGGAAUUUUAGUGGGCUUUCCAUUUUGAUUCAAGUUACAGGUAGGUUUGAAUCAUGUAAGAAAAAAACCAUGAAAAAUAUUUGUAUGGGAAGCACACACUUUGAGAAUGUAAACCUCAGUGGUUCACAGUGCACCUCUGUGCUGCAACAUUUCUGACACAUCUUUAAACUUGCAUCUAGCCACACAGACUGAACAGCUGUUCUGUGUCCAAUAUAAGUGUUAAGAAAGACAGAAAACAUGAUCUAGAAUACAUGCCUUUAUGUGCUUUUAACAUUAAACAAAAACAU